AUGUUUGUCGUCAAGAGAACUGUUACAACAACAACAACAACAACCACAAGCACAUUGAUCAGUGGAUUGACAGGUGCUGCGACUGCCAAGCGAUUCAUUUCUCAGUCACAGCCAUUGUCAGCACCAGCAUCAUCAUCAGUCUAUGAUGAGCUCAGAAGAAAGAGAGACAGAAAGGGUUUGGUUAAUCUAGCAAAGGAGGAGGAUGAGGAGACUGCGAUGUUCCCAAAUCAAAGACAGGGAGUGGAUUAUGCACUCAAUUGGACAUUGAACAGCUACUCGGUGACACCUUCAUCGUUCGCCUAUCGCAACCCUUCUGUUAAGUUGUUGGUUCAGCACUCGGACGUGAAGAAGGAGUCGACUGGGGCAUACUCUUAUCAGGCGGGCGCAGAGGUCAAGCCUAUCAACUACUAUCUCGACGAGCAGUCGGCCACAUUGAACGCCUCGGAGGGUGCUGCCGGCAGCACCAUCACCGUCGCGCAGUACAAGGCUCUGUUGAACGAGGUCAAGAAUCACAUUGGCGACUCCACCAACAUCUAUGUGCACGACGGCGCCGUCGGCUCACAUCAGGCCUGCGAGGGCAAGAUCCGCGCCAUCACCAACUGCGCACAGACAGCACUGUUCCUCGAGCACCUGCUGCCCAGCACCGUGCCCACCGCCGUCAAGGAGUUCAAGCACUCUAUGACUCUGUACGUCGCACCCCAGCUGCAGCUGUCGGCCGAGCAGCAGGCCAAGUGCGGUCUGCGCUCCGGCGCAUUCAACAUCAUUGAUGUCAAGAGAGGCAUCGCCGUCAUUGGUGGCGUGCAGUCGACCGACAACAUCAGACGUGCACUGACUGCCAUCUCGCAGCCAACCAUGCUCAACGAGCGCCAGGGUGUCACCCUGUCCGCCGCCGACAUCUACCAGACCAGAGACAACAAGACCAUGCUGAUCUUUAGCGCUGACAACUAUCUCCUCAACAAGAGAUUCGAGAGUGGCAAGGUCGUCGCUCAAGGUUCUCUCUGGAACAAGGACGGUCUCUUCCGUCUCUUUGAUUCCAUCUCAUAUCCAUUGGAGUCUGCUGCCAAGAAUCAAUUCGACUUGAUCGAGAGAUUCACAUCACCAAAGAGAGUGGUUUCGAUUGUUCCAGUGGAGCAGAGCACAAACAUCUACUCGAAUCCAUCAUCGAUCGUAUUCUUGGUUAGAGACACAAAGGGAAUCAUCCCAGCAUUUGCCGAGCUCUCACCAGAGCAAGCCCAGCAGUACUUUGCCGCUGGCUACAACGGAGAUUCAUUCACUCCAUACUACAGCUCAGAGUCAAUCACCGUGUCGCCCAAGUCCAAGGCCGAGCUUUUUAAGAAACUCGUUCAAGAUAACAGCAUCAAUGUAUAUAUAGUCAAUACUCUUUCAUUCCAAAAAGAAGCCGAUGUUGACAAGCUGCUGUCUGUAAUUUCUAGUGGAAAAGUUAACAAAUCUUCCAAGUCAGAUAUAUAUAAGACCCUGUCACCAAUCAAGCUGUCUGAAACCAAGGUCAGCGAGGUCGAUAAGAACAAGGUCAAGGAGUUUGAGUCCAACUUUGAGACAUUCGUCGCCAAGCUGCUCCAAUAA